CAUGCGUCCUCUAGGACUAAACUACGUUCUAAGAUCGAAACACGAGAGCGUCGGCCAUUUGUAUUGAGCGUUUCUUUACGCAUCAUAUCAAAAUGAAGAUCGGUCUUUGUGCGUACAGCGGAUACAAAAUUUAUCCGGGCCAUGGUAAAACCAUGGUCAAAGUUGAUGGAAAGACCUUUACUUUCCUCAACUCGAAAUGCGAAUCUGCACACUUAAUGAGACGUAAUCCUAGGAAAGUGACAUGGACUGUCUUGUACAGACGAAAACACAAGAAGGGACAAGAGGAGGAGCAAACUAAGAAGAGGACGAGGCGCACUCAAAAAUUCCAGCGUGCUAUCGUGGGUGCUUCCUUAACAGAUAUCUUGGCUAAACGCAACAUGAAGCCAGAGAUUCGUAAGGCCCAGAGAGAACAAGCAAUCAAGGCUGCAAAGGAGCAGAAGAGAGCAGCAAAGGCAACGAAGAAGGCUGUUGCUCCUCCGAAAACGAAACAACCUCCAAAACAAAAAGUUGCGAAAGUGACGCAAAAAUCUGCACCUCGUGUUGGAGGAAAGCGUUAAAGUUUGUAACUAUAUAAAUAAAGUAAAAUAAUUGGUA